AUAGUUACGUAAUUAAUCCCAAAACCUGGUGGCAGAAAUCAGAGUCACUAAGCAUAGAUUGCUAAAACCAGAAAAAAGCACUGCCAACCAAGACGCGAUUAUAUGGCGAGAUUUCAUGCAUGAACUCCACCGUUAACGGCCACCUCCUCGACCAAGUAAUAUAAAAUAAAUACACUCUCUUCUCUCUUCUUACUCUUUCAAACUUCUCUUCUCCCUUCAAAUUCUCCACCCAAAACAAAUCUAGACACAGAAAAUUCACAUGGGUACUGAUCAGCUCACACAGAGAACCCAUUCAAAGCGGCCACAAGAACCCGUCCCAGACUCGCCAACCAAUGAAGCAAAAUCGAGAAACCCAGUUCGAUACAUGCUCAGAAAGCAGCGAUUGAUGUGUCUCGCAAUCGGAAUCUUCACCGCUGCUCUGUUUUUCAACGUUUUCACAAAACGCUCACCGGGUCAUGACCCGGUUUUCGUUUCUGAGUCGGGUGUACCGACCCGUCGGGUACUCUACGAGGGCGGUGGUAAUAAUCGUCGCUUCGAAAGACUCGGUGUUAAGCCGACGAGGGUGCCGUUGGGGGUGAAGAGGAAGAGUUUGAGGAUUGUGGUCACUGGUGGGGCCGGGUUUGUAGGUAGCCACCUUGUGGACCGUCUGAUCGAGAGAGGAGAUAGCGUGAUCGUCGUUGAUAAUUUCUUCACGGGACGGAAGGAGAACUUGGCCCACCACUUGGGGAACCCACGGUUCGAGAUGAUUAGGCACGAUGUGGUCGAGCCCAUUCUGUUGGAGGUUGACCAGAUCUACCACUUGGCUUGCCCUGCCUCGCCUGUUCAUUACAAGUUCAAUCCUGUCAAGACCAUUAAGACAAAUGUGGUGGGGACACUGAAUAUGUUGGGGCUGGCGAAGAGGGUUGGGGCUCGGUUCUUGCUGACCAGCACCAGUGAGGUCUAUGGGGACCCUCUACAGCAUCCACAAGCUGAGACUUAUUGGGGCAAUGUCAAUCCCAUCGGUGUUCGGAGCUGCUACGAUGAAGGGAAGCGCACGGCGGAGACAUUGACCAUGGACUAUCACAGGGGACUUGGCAUUGAGGUGAGAAUUGCUCGGAUCUUCAACACAUAUGGACCGCGUAUGUGCAUUGAUGAUGGUCGUGUUGUUAGCAACUUUGUUGCCCAAGCGUUAAGGAAGGAGCCACUGACUGUUUAUGGGGAUGGAAAGCAAACGAGGAGUUUCCAAUACGUUUCAGACCUGGUGGAGGGUCUGAUGCGUCUCAUGGAAGGAGAACAUGUGGGUCCUUUCAAUCUCGGCAACCCUGGCGAAUUCACAAUGCUUGAACUCGCAGAGGUGGUGCAGGAGACGAUAGAUAGGAAUGCAAAGAUAGAGUUCAGGCCCAACACAGAAGAUGAUCCACACAAAAGAAAGCCAGACAUUUCAAAGGCUAAAGAGCUUCUUGGGUGGGAACCAACUGUGUCUCUCCGGAAAGGUCUUCCUCUCAUGGUUGCCGACUUCCGGCAACGCAUUUUCGGUGAACAGAAGGACGGCUCUGGAACUUCCUCCUAUGCUUAGGCGAUUGAGUAUGGAUUUUGGCAGAAACAUAUAUAUAGAUAUUCAUUAGUGGAGAAUAAUAAGACACAAUAUAAUUUAAUAAUAAUUGACAAAUUACAUCCCUUUCCGAGUAGCCUUUUUCUCUUUUAAAUAUAUGUGUAACUCAUUUAGAGGAAUAAUAUUUGGGUUUUGGAUUUA